AUGGCGAGAUAUCUACCAACGCUGUCAACACAAUCUGCAAAUAAUAAACAACUGACCUCAUGGAUGCAUUGUUGUAUCCUUUUGCUGGGGAUCGCAGCAUUUUUUCCGGUAUGUGAUGCCAAUGGAGUGCUGAGACCUUUGGUCUCAGCGCUCUUCUGUUUUGGGGACUCGACUGCUGAUACGGGGACCAAUACAUAUCUUACCUCUCCAGCAUUUCUCGCGAACUUCUCACCCUAUGGAGAGACCUUCUUCAACAAGCCCACGGGGAGAUUUUGCGAUGGACGGUUGUUUGUCGAUUUCUUGGCUCAGCAGUUAGGUUUGCCUCUACUCCGACCAUUUUUGGAACCUGGAUUUAACAACUACUACAGAGGGGUCAAUUUCGCCUCUGCAGGCAGUGGAUUUCUACCAUCCACGAAAACAUUUCUGGCUGGCACUUUAGGUACAGUCGUAAACAUUCAAGAGCAGCUCCAGCAGUUCAUGCAGGUCAAAGCAAACUUGGAAUCUAGAAUGGGCCUCAAAGACACGAGUUUCUUACUGAAGCGAAGCAUCUACUUGGUAAGUUCUGCGAGCAAUGAUGCUAUUUACAGCUUCCUCCUCAAUCAAACCACAACACCUGAGGACUUCAUCUCUCGACUGAUUGUCGAGAUCGGGAACACCUACGUUGCUUUAUAUAACCUCGGUGCCAGAAAGGUGAUUGGAACAGCCCUGGGGCCGAUAGGAUGUAUACCGAGCAUCCGUGGUCUAUCAGCUGGUGGUUCAUGCCUGGCGACUGUCAACGAUUUGGCGCUUGCUUUUAACGUCCAGCUAGACGCUCUUCAAGCUAGACUGAAAGAACAGCUGCCUGAUUUCAAUUUAAUAAUUGCCAACAACUAUGACAUUUUCAACGAAUUCAUUUUUAAUGGAACAAGUUUCGGUUUUACGAUGGGGUCGACGGCAUGUUGUGGAGCAGGACCUUUCAAUGGCGCUAUUCAGUGUGGAACGACCAAUUCCAAUUUUAAUAGCACUACUCUGUGCAGCAAAGCUCAACUGAGCAAGUAUGUUUUCUUUGACAACAACCAUCCCACGGAAAAAACCUAUGGACUGCUCGCUCAAAUGUUUAUGACCGGUGGUGCAAAAGUUGUGAAACCUUUUAACGUCAGUACCUUGGCCCUAUGUGAUUGA